AUGACAAUGAAAACAGGCACUACCGCGACGCCUGCCGUGACUGCCGGCGAAAAGGAGGAAACCGAGAAGAUUCCUCCCAAUGAUGCUAAUACCCCCCGUCAAUUUCGAAUGGUGGCUCUUGAUUUGGAUGGGACUCUUCUCAACUCGCAGCAUCAGCCUUCAGAAGUCACCAAAGCGUGUCUUCGUCGUCUAGAAGAUCAAGGCUUUGUGAUAUCCAUUGCGACUGGUAGAGCCAUCACGACUGUGUACGAAACUGUCAAGGCAUUGAAUCUAUGCCAACCGAUACCGGUCGUGUGCUCCAAUGGCGCACAGGGUUAUAUGUGUAGUCUCGCGGAAGGACCAGAUGGAGAGCGGAAAGUGGAAAAGAAACCACUCUUUUCGACUCCCGUUCCUGCCGUGGUGGCGCAGAAAACGAUUGACUUGGCCAAAGAAAUGGGAUGUAUAUCGCAAUACUACGUGGGAGAAGACAUCUUUGCCGAUCCUCGAGAACCGUAUGAUUAUAAAGUGGCCGAAUUGUACAUUGAUCUAACGGGAAGCCAAACGCAAUACGUCAAGGAUCAUUUCCAGGCGGCCAUUCAAAAGGGACCUCCUUCCAAGCAGCUGGUUUUGUGCAAGGUGGAGGAACAAGACCAAAUGAUGGAAGCGUUUGAUCGCGAGUUGAGCAAAGAACCUAUCUUAUCAAUGGGAAGAGAGCCCAUAUUGUGCGAGGUCAUUUGGGAGGAGACCGUUGCCUUUGGAGACGGCGACAAUGAUUUGGAAUUCAUUCAAAUGGCUGGAAAGGGAAUUGCCAUGAGCAAUGCUGCGGACGUGGUAAAGAAAGUUGCGGAUCAAGUUAUUGACCUCAACAAUGACGAAGAUGGAGUGGCCAAGACUUUGGAGAGAUUGGAGGCAGAAGGGGUCUUGGUCUUUUCUACUGAAUAG